CAUAGGUAUGGCAUUCCCUGCCCCUGAAAGUAACAGCGAGACAGACGCGGUUAGGAUUGAGGGCACCCACGGGAUAUGCGAGGAGUGUGGAACCGCACAAGUUCCAAAAAGUAGGGUAAAAACCACCUCUGAGAUGUGUGAAGUAGAUAAUAGACUGUUACUGAAUGCAUCAGACCUGGAGGAAACUACCUCAGCAUACUUAAACGGGUGUCAAAAAGUUGUGAAAGUCUUGGCUGUCCUUUCGGAAGAAGAAGAAAAGCAGGGUGUUGCAUCAAGCUCUGAUGAGUUAGGCAGCAAAGUAUUUUGUGAGGCAAACAACACAAAGCCGUUGAGAAACAGGGAAAUUUCUGAGAAUGGAGUGGAAAACAGAGACCAACAAACCUUUGAGCCAUCUUUACCUGAAUAUGGGCAUUGGCUUAACGUCAGUUCUUGUGUAGAUUUCCAAAGUACUUUGGUCCAGAACACCGUCGCAUCUGACAAAAAUGAUAAUGCAAAUAACACCUGGGAAGAGAGAACUGGAAUUCUGUUUGGCCAAAAAAGCAGAGACACUCCUGUUGCAAUUCACAAGCCUGAAUCUGAUUCCUGUAGUAAUGACUUCAUCAUAAAAAAAGAUGCAUGGUGGAAGCCAGUAUCAGAUCCGGAAUGGCUGAAGAUUUUCAAACCCAUAAAAGGAGAUGGAAGUAUGUGGCAUGGAAAAGAUUGCAACUGUCUGAAGACUGCACAAGAGAUGAAACGUGCCAGCUCAAAAAGUGAAGAAAAUGUGGAUCUGAAUUCUUUUCAUAUGGAUUCUCCCUGUUUGACAUCUACCCAGCAAGGAGACAGGCAUUCUCAAAGAUGUGAGAAAUUCUCUGAUGAAGACUUCCCUCUGGAGAUCAGUAGCCUUUCAGUGACUAAGCCAACAAACAGGUGCUGCAACGCUACCAUGGACCGAGACACCAGUUCCCCAAUAAGUAAGCUGCAACAUGCGUUGGCUGAGUCUCGACAGAUGGUUGCUGAUCUGGAGCUUAGCACUCUCCUCCACACGAGCCCUCGCUGCAGCCCAAACAGCAGCAUCAUUAAUACG